GAUUUUCAUUAGGGUUGGAGUUACCCAGAACUCCAAUUUGAUCUUUAAAAACGCAUUUUCAAAAAGUGCUUUAAACUCUUUUGAUAGCGUUUGUUGUGGGACUCAGAGGGUAUUUUGAUGCAGAAACAGGGUUUUCCUUUGUAGUUUUGUGGACCUCACUGUCCGCCUCUGCCGAUUCACUAAUUCAGUGCAUCUUCCAGCAGAGUUGAUUGUGAGAUCGCAGGUCGAGAGGAUGACAGCUCAAGUGUGCUGCUUGUUUAGUGUGGUUUUAUUGUGUUUGUCUGCUUGUUUGAGUACAACACACGCUGGAGUCUUAGUGUCCGGUCAGUGUCCGGCUACGCUGACUGUCGUGCCGUCCCGUCGAGGAUGCACUUCUGAUCGAGACUGCUCUGGAGGACACAAAUGCUGUCAAUUUCACUGUGGGCGCUCGUGUGUGCCGCCUGUUUUCACAAAGCCAGGAGAAUGUCCAAGCAAAAAGUUUGGUGCAGGAACGUGUGCCAAGUUGUGUUACUAUGACAGUGACUGUCCGAACAAUGAGAAAUGCUGCAGCAAUGGAUGUGGACAUCAGUGCAUGGCUCCAUUUGCAGUGAGGCCUGCAGCCGAACCACCGAAGCCCUCCGACGAACUGCCCGAGCCUUCCGACGAGCUACCGGAGUCUUCCGACGAAAUACCGGAGUCUUCCGACGAGUUACCGGAGCCUUCCGAUGAGCUGCCUGCUGCCGAACCCGGAAGGCCUCCUGUGAAGCCUGCAGCUGAACCCGGAAAGCCUCCAGUGAAGCCUGUAGCCGAACCACCAAGGCCUUCCGACGAGCAGCCCGAGCCUUCGGACGAACUGCCCGAGCCCUCCGAACUACCGGAGCCUUCUGACGAACUGCCCGAGCCCCCUGCAGCCGAACCCGGACGGCCUCCUGUGAAGCCUGCAGCCGAACCCGGACGGCCUCCUGUGAAGCCUGCAGCCGAGUUUUGGGAGAUCACCAACAAAUGCCUGAAACCAUAA